AAAAUCACUGAGGUUGAUCAAUUAUGAGAAUAAGAUGCACUGUUACUAGGGGUACAUAUUUUGCACUUGGGGUUUUCUGUUCUUCAGCUCGAAAUGCCGCUCAAGUACGUUUCUGUGAUAGGCACUGGCGCCUCCCUAGAAUGCCAAGAAAUUGCUCGGCAGUUUAGACUACAGCACGUUUGCUCGAAGGAUCUCAUCGAUUCUGCGGGGACAACUGCAGCUGAAUCAAAAGUCGAUUUUCUUGCAAAUGCGAUGAACAAGAGCAGGUCAAAAAACUUUGUGAUUGAGGACUUCCCCGCUACUCUCCAAGAUUACCUCGUGUUUGAGCAAAAGACUGGAUUGAUUCCCGAAUUCGUGCUCUGCUUGGAGGUUCCAGGGCAGCAAAAUGGUUGUGAACCAACGCUUCUGCAGCAUUACGAGAGUAACGGACUGCUCAGAAAAAUCAAUCCCUCAAAUUUCCAUGCGGAGUUAAAAAAGGUUAUGUUCGCUACAUUUCUUCAGAAUGAGCUCCUUGAGCUCUCCGAGGAGCUAUUGCGAGCCAUUGACGGCGGGGACUAUGGAACGUACGAGAAACUUUGUGACACUGAAUUGACAGCAUUCGAACCAGAAGCACAAGGGCAAUUGGUGGAGGGACUCCCAUUCCACAAGUUCUACUUCGACAUGAGACAAUCAGGGAACUCUUUGCAAAGAGUCUCCACGAUUGCGGCUCCCAAAGUUCUGCUCCUGUCGGGCGACGCUGCUCUCGUGACGUACACGAGGCUCAUGCAAGCCAUUGGCACACCACUGGCUGGGUAUGUGGAUGCAUACAACGAGACUCGCCUGUGGAAGCUGAGCAAAACCAAGGCAGAUGAAUGGGCAUGGAAGCAUAUACAUUUCCACCGCUCAAGGUGUCCUACAAAUGCAGAGUUUUACAAGGUCAAUCGCUAAACUCGCCGUUCCAAUCAAAAAGCUUAAAUGGUAAGGUAUCCUUUUUUGAAAUUGCUUAGAGUGAUUUCAAAGAGACUUUAAAAUUAAACAUUAAGAGCUUAAAGCUCUAAAUAAUGCAGGAUGCAAAAGAUUCCGCUCACAA